GGGCUCGAGACCUGGGACCUGCGGCCUGAAGGAGCUGUGCGGAGACUCAGGCGUUGCUGGGCACUUGGAGUCAUGCACUGUCACCCGUGAAGCGGAUGGGGAUUCAUGCUAUCUUGGAUGCCGGGUGGGAGUGGAGAAAGCUGGCUCUGGGCAAGCUCUUCUCUGGAGAGACCGUGGCAACACUCCCACCUCCUGCGGGUGCGCACACAACGCCACCGCUAUCACCACCACUUGUUUUCCAGUGGUGCUCAGCAUGGCGGGGAUCCCAGGGCUCCUCUUCCUCCUCCUCCUCCUCCUCCUCCUCCUCCUCGGUGUUGUUGGGCAGGCAAGCCCUUCCGGUGCCCACUGGAAACCCAUGUGGCCUGCUUACCGCCUCCCUGUCAUCUUGCCCCAGUCCACCCUCCACUUACCUAAGCCAGACUUUGGGGCCAAAGCCAAAUUGGAAGUGUCCUCCUCAUGUGGACCCCAGUGUCAUAAGGGAACUCCACUGCCCACUUACGAAGAGGUCAAGCAGUACCUGUCUUAUGAAACGCUCUAUGCCAACGGCAGCCGCACAGAGACGCAGGUGGGCAUUUAUGUCGUCAGCGGCGGUGGGGCCGAGUCUUCGGGAAAGUCUCGGAGAAAGCGGCAGAUUUAUGGCUAUGACAGCAGGUUCAGCAUUUUUGGGAAGGACUUCCUGCUCAACUACCCCUUCUCAACGUCGGUGAAGUUAUCGACAGGCUGCACAGGCACCCUGGUGUCCGAGAAGCACGUCCUCACGGCUGCCCACUGCAUACACGACGGGAAAACCUAUGUGAAAGGAACCCAGAAACUUCGAGUGGGCUUCCUGAAGCCCAAGCAUAAAGAUGGCGGUCGAGGGGCCAACAGCUCCAGCUCCGCGGUGCCUGAGAAGAUGAAAUUUCAGUGGAUCCGAGUGAAACGCACCCAUGUGCCCAAAGGUUGGAUCAAGGGCAAUGCCAACGACAUUGGCAUGGAUUAUGACUAUGCCCUCCUGGAACUCAAAAAACUUCACAAGAGGAAGUUCAUGAAGAUUGGGGUGAGCCCUCCCGCCAAGCAGCUGCCAGGGGGCAGAAUCCACUUCUCUGGUUAUGACAAUGAUCGACCCGGCAAUUUGGUGUACCGUUUCUGUGAUGUCAAAGAUGAGACCUACGACCUGCUGUACCAGCAGUGUGAUGCCCAGCCCGGGGCCAGCGGGUCAGGGGUCUACGUGAGGAUGUGGAAGAGACAGCAGCAGAAGUGGGAGCGAAAAAUUAUAGGCAUCUUUUCAGGGCACCAGUGGGUGGACAUGAAUGGUUCUCCACAGGAUUUCAAUGUCGCUGUUAGAAUCACUCCUCUCAAAUAUGCCCAGAUUUGCUAUUGGAUUAAAGGAAACUACAUGGAUUGUAGGGAGGGGUGACACAGGAGCCCUUCCUGCUGCACUUAAAGGUCUUCAUGGCCUUAUUUUAGCAGAGGCCAAAUUGUGUCAUUGGGGGGUGUGUGUGUGUGUGUGAUGUGUCAUAAUGUCUUUUACCUAAUUUUUUAAAUUGCAAGACGACUGGCUUUAUUAUUUGAAAAUGGGUUUGUGUAUCAUAUCAUUUAAGCAGUCUGAAGGCAUCCUUUUGCAUAGAAAAAAAAAGCAUACCAAUGUUUGGGGCAAUAGGGACUCAGUAGCCAUUAAGUUAAUCUUUUACUUUUUGAGAACUUUGAUUUUUAUUUCAUCUGAAGUUGUUUCAAAGGUUUAUAUUAAAUAUGCGGCAUAUGGGAGAGAUAAAUUCUCAUGUGUGUAUAUGUGUGUAUUUUCCCCUGAGAGCCCUCUUAUUUUUUUUUAAAGGCCUAAUCACUAAUGUUUUCAGGUUGCAGUGUUCCCCAGCACAAAGGACUGUUUGGGACUUUCACAAUACUUCAGAGACAGGCAGUUACAAUGUUUCGAAUUUGAGGCAUUUGCACAGUAGUCCUUGAUCAGCAAAAUAAUUUGUUGACUAUUCUGGUACACAUAUUAAACUAUAUUUUACAGUCAGUCAGUCAGUCCCAAAGCUGUUUUUAGUUUUGAAACAGUUUCCCUUCCAAAGACGGUUGCUCUCCUUCUGGGGAAGUCUUUGCAUAUGGUUCUGCCAGCUUUGCAGUCACACCAGCGUCGGCAAGAUUGUUUAUGCCAGCCCUUCCAUUUCGUGGGAUUUCACUCACGUUUCUUGAACUAGCUGUUUUCCAGGAGACAGUAAUCAGGGCCUAAUUAGAACAGGCUGUGGUGCUUCCCAGCUAACAGCGCGGUCACACUAAAAACAAUCAUUGCAUUUUACCCCCGGAGGGUAGCACGUCUCGUGUUUUAUCAUUUGGACGGAGUAAUUGAAAAUGAAUUGAAUUCCAGAGAACAAUGGGUGCAUUGCUUGGCAGAUGUCACGACAGAAGAACCGCUUGUUCGGAGCCUGGCACAGUCGCACAGUCUAAUCAAAGUCGUUCUGCAUGGCUUUCGGUGCGCUUUGGGAGCUGCGUGCUGGUGCAGUUGGGAGACUUUUCUCUCGUGCUUUACUUACUUUAGAAUAAAAAUGUUUGGAAGGUGCUUUAAGAAAAAAAAACUUGACUUUUUUUUUACGAGCCACAAAGGGGCCUGUUUUACAGGAAUACACUAAGCUACAGGCACAUGUAAUGAAGUAUGGUGGCAACAGGGACAAGCGGGAGAAUGCGAAGGGAUCAGAAUCACCACUCCAAUAAGUGCCUUUAUGAACGUUCAUCAAUGUGGCAAUCACUGUAUGUGAAGGAAAGAGUCUGACUUAUGUUUUCACUUUUUGCCUCUCAGCCUGAACACUUCUUUUUAACUGUAUUACAAACGGGUUACCAGGCAGAGGUUUGCUGUCCCCGUACCCCAGGGAAUUUUGGCCGGCCUUGUGACUGUCUGAGAGGACAUUUACGUGCAGCACUGAUGCCCACCCCUCCUCCAGGGGGCUUUGGCUUGGGUGUCUCUUGAGCUUUCUAGAAGGGUAAUCCUGAUAAGGUGCUCAAGAGUAUAAUCCGCAGUGCUUUCUUCAAGUCUCAUAAGAAAUACCGUGGCAUAGCAACGAGACUCAGGGCCGCCAGGAAUCUCCUAAGUUCCAGUGCAGUUGCUUUGGAAUCUAGCAAGAAUCCAGCCUGAGGAAGAAGAGCGGUCUCCAUCUCUCUGUCUGGUAUGCGAGGGUUCUGUUUGAUUUUGCUUUUGCUUGCUGCAAAAAGAUGUCCACUGAACACCUGGAAUAGAACUGAUUUUUUAAAAAAUAAAUACACCUUGAUAUCUUCAUUUUCAGUUUUGCAAAGUUUAAACUUCCCUCACCAUGGGUAGAUAAUGACACAAAGUCAAAAUAAUGUCCAUGUUUAGAUGUACUUUACCAAAGAAUUGUAACCACACACUCUAUGUAACAUGACUCAUAGGACUAUAAAAUCAUUCAUCAGGUCCGUCUUUUCAGCAGGAGUAAGAGGAAGUGAGGUAUUAAACUAUCGUGGAAGUUGGAAUAAAAAGGAGGAAGGGCUCAUGAUAUUAUUAAUAUAAUUAGUGCCUUACAUGUAUUGGUUCUGCAUUGUAAGGAUAUAUUCCCAGUAAGAUGAGCAGAACGUUUCCCAAAGUACGUGCCUUAAACACUCAUCCCUCCAGACUUUCUACCAAAAAUAAAAAGGGCACCAUCAUCAAGGAGGUGGGAGAUGCCCUUCUCUGUUCCCUCUUUGUCAGGGAUUCACAUGCUUGUUUGCACAUUAAACGCUCCAAAAAGUCAUGUACUAAGAGACAUGUUACUAUUUUAAAAUCUGCAUUUUAAUAAACACUUUUGAUCACUGAA